GUUAGCUAAGGCGAGAGAGGAAACGUGUCCUUCCCUUUUCUCCCCCCCCCCUCUUUCUUUCUCCUUCCUGGCGCCGAAGAUGGCGGCCGCCGCCGCUAGUAAAGUAGGGCCCGCUUUGGGCCUUGAGGAGCUGAGUUUGUUGGAGAAAUCUCUGGGCCUGGAGAAGGGGAACAAAUACAGCGGCCAUGGAGAGCGGAAGAUUCCUGUCUUACAAGCAAACAACGGUCCCAGUCUGACAGGAUUGACCACUAUAGCCAUCCAUCUUGUUAAACAAGCAAAGAAAGAACAGCUGCUUGGUAGUACUGUAGAAGAGAAAGCAAUAGUUCAGCAAUGGUUAGAAUACAGAGUAACACAAGUAGAUACACAAUCCAGUAAAGAAGAUAUUCGAAUAAUCCUGAAGGACCUUAAUUCAUACCUUGAAGACAAAGUCUACUUCACAGGAAACAGUUUUACUUUAGCAGAUAUUUUAUUGUACUAUGGACUGCAUCACAUCAUUGCUGAACUGACAGUGCAGGAGAAGGAGAAAUACCUUAAUGUGUCUCGUUGGUUUAAUCAUAUUCAGCACUACCCAGGUAUCCGACAACAUCUGUCUACCAUAGUCUUCAUCAAGAACAGACUGUAUAAUACACAUUAAGUCUUGUAUUUAGAACUCCUGAGAAACAAAGAAACAUGUUUUGGAGCCACUAAUGCAUGGCAAGCAUUGGUCUCUGUCAUUUCCAUAUGUGAAGCUGAACAAUUGGUGCCUAAAGUCAUAACAUUGCAUUGCGUAGCUGUUUAGAGUAUGCACUUCAUUAAAACAAUUGUUUGGCAAAUUCAGCAAAUGAAAUGUGAAUCAGGCUUCUUAAAGUAGAACAUUAAUUUUAAUCAUACAGACAUAUAAAGGAGGUUAGCUUCUGUUGUAUGGAAACAUAGAGCUUUACUGCAAUAUGUCAGUUGUGCUAUUUAUCUGAAUUGUAUUAUGCAUAGUACUCCCUUGUAUUUUCUCCUAUGAAUGUGUACUCUAGUUUUGUAAGUUACUAUGAAAUUCUAUUGUGCCAAGGAUCUUGAAAGAGAGAAGCCAAAUGUAUUGGAAGAAAUAUUUAUGUGAUAAAUUAUUUUAAAAGUUUUA